AAAUGCCUGAGCCUGGCCAGGCGCCCAUCCCUACGCCUGCCAGAGCAGCUGCGGCCUCGGCAAGGUCCGGCUGUCCGCGCUGCCUGGGCACCAGCUCGCCGGGCGCUGCCGAGGCCUCGUUAGGAGCCCGAGAUGGCGGCGGCGGGAGCAGAGAGCGCGGCGGGGUCAGGCACCCCCGCGCCGCGCCGCGAGUGCAAGAUGGCGGCGGCGGGUCAGCCCUGUGGGACGGCGCCGGCCGGGGAGGGGCGGGGGCAGGCAGGGUUUCCAUAGCGGCGGCCGCCGGUGUCACACCGGGGCACUUCCUGGUUGGAGGCUGCCGGUCCCGGGCCAGCAAGCGGGGAAGUGCCGCUGGGGAUCAGGCGGCGGACGGAGGCCCCGGAAGGAGGUGGAAAGCGAGCAAAGGACAUGUAUACCUCUGAGAAACCUUCUCCAACAAGAUACCUUGCUUCAAGACCUCUCUUGGAUUAUAUGCAGAGAAGUUUCCAGUCAUGAGUGCAGAUGCUGAGCAAGAUGCUGCUAUCAAACUUGCCCAAGAACGAGCAGAGAUCGUUGCCAAGUAUGACAGAGGCCGGGAGGGUGCACAGAUUGAGCCGUGGGAAGACGCCGACUAUCGUCUCUAUAAAGUCACUGAUAGAUUUGGGUUUCUACAUCCAGAGGAGCUUCCUGUCCACGAUGCAGCAAUAGACAAGCAAAAGCACCUUGAAAUUGAAAGAACUACAAAAUGGCUUAAGAUGCUGAAAAGCUGGGAAAAAUACAAGAACAGUGAAAAGUUUCAUAGAAGAAUUUAUAAAGGAAUUCCACUGCAGUUCAGAGGGCAAGUCUGGUCUUUACUACUUGAUGUCCCUAAAAUGAAAGAAGAAAUGAAAGACUUUUAUACUAAACUGAAGUGUCAAGCACGGGGGUCUUCGCCAGACAUCAGGCAAAUAGAUCUCGAUGUGAAUCGAACAUACAGAGAUCACAUCAUGUUUCGAGACAGAUAUGGUGUGAAGCAACAAUCUCUGUUCCACGUUUUAGCUGCAUAUUCCAUAUAUAAUACGGAAGUUGGAUACUGUCAGGGAAUGAGCCAGAUCACAGCAUUACUCCUUAUGUACAUGAAUGAAGAAGAUGCCUUCUGGGCCUUGGUGAAGCUUCUCUCUGGUCCAAAGCAUGCUAUGCAUGGUUUUUUUAUUCCUGGUUUUCCAAAACUGCUGAGGUUUCAAGAACAUCACGACAAAAUACUGAAAAAAUUUUUGUCCAAACUUAAGCAGCAUUUGGACUCCCAGGAUAUGUCCACAAGUUUUUACACAACAAAGUGGUUUUUCCAGUGUUUCCUUGAUCGUACUCCCUUUACAUUAAGUCUCAGGAUAUGGGAUAUCUACAUACUUGAAGGAGAGAGGAUUCUCACUGCUAUGUCUUACACAAUUCUGAAGCUACACAGAAAGCAUCUGAUGAAAUUACAAAAUGGAAGAACUUGUAGAAUUUCCUGCAGGAGGUCCUUUAGCCAAAGAUUUAUCUAUGAAGAUGAUUUCGUAAUAGACCAGCUCCAAAAUUCUGUAUCAGAAUUGAAACGUGCAAAGCUGGAUUUGCCUGCAGCUGGUAAAGAAGAUGAAUUUCCAAAGAAACCACUGGGGCAGAUUCCAUCAGAACCUCAGCCUGCUAUGGUUAACUCCACUCCAAUGCUUAAUGGACAGAACAGCACUGGUACACAACCAACAAAGAAGACAGAGAGGAUACCAUCCUCAGGUGAAGAACCAGAAAGCUCACCAAAUAACCUAAAAAGAAUCAACUCACUGGAAAAGAAACCUUCCUUAAAGCAGCAGAAGACUCGACCAAUGGAGACACAAAGUAGUAUACCUAAGAAUGAGGUAGAUACAAGAAGAAAGCCUCUGCUAACAGAGCAAGACAACUUGAAACACUAUAAUAAUGCAGCUGCUAAUCAGAAUUCUAAUGCUACUUCAAAUACAAGAAGGGAAUUUGUACCUAAGUGGAAUAAACCAUCCGAUACCAGAAUAAUUGAAAAGACAAUGAAAUUUACUGCAGAGGCCAAAGGAAGGCAAAUAAACCAUGCAGUUUCAGGCCCACCAAGUCCUGGAGAAACUCAGCCUUUGAAUGUAAAACACAAGAUGAGGGUUAUGGAUGCUGACGAAGGUAAGCGAGGGUCUAAUGCAUCUCAAUAUGACAAUGUUCCAGAAGCUGAAAGUGAGAGUCUUGUUGAGGAGAUGCUUGAGAGAGCUCAUCCACAGAGCCCUAGGCAUGUAACAUUUUCUAACAGUCCAAGAAAGCAAACUGAAAAGAUACCAGCUCCAUUAAAAAUACCCAAUAAUUAUACCUUCACUUCACAACCUAGAUCUCCAAAAUAUUCAUCAGAACCUGAGGGACCAUCUCAUGGAUUGAAUGUAAAACAGCCACUGCCAUGUUACAGUAAUCCACCUACUUACCAUGGAAAUUCCCCAAAGCAUGUCUCCAGUAUAGGCAAUGCAAGUUCUGUUCCUCUGCAUUAUCAUGGGAAUCGAAGCAGCCCUGCUGCUAGGCCAUAUGGUUCUUUUAUCUCAGUAGAUUAUUCUCCAGAUAAGCUACAAAUGAAUUCCUACCCUCCCAGUCGCCAAAAUCCUCUUUCGCCUGCCCCUGGUCAGAUUGAAGUAGCCUCUGCUGAUGCUUAUGCCAGCAACUCAAGGUCCCCCACAGGUGUCAAAUUCAUAAUCCCUCCGGUGGAUUAUUUACCAGAAGAAAGAAAGUGGCCAGACACUGCAUAUAUCUACCGACAUGAACCCUACAGGCAACCCUGGAACCAAGAUGUUAACAGAGGCCACUUGGAUAAUUUCCAGAAGUAUCAGCAUUUUCAGCCAACACCUUUUCAAGACCAUAGUCUUCCCUCUGUUUCUGUGGAUAGUCCAAUAAGAUGCAGGACUUCACCAACCUUUGAAGAGCAUGGGUCACCACAGUACCAGUACUCAACCCCAUCAGCACAAGCCCAGCACUACCGAAGCAGAAAUGAUGGACUGUCUGUGCAUGAAUCUGUGUUUCUCUGAGGACCUCUCUGUUCUUCAGAAAAUGGCAGGACCCAAACCCAGUUGAAUGUCGCUGUUAGUAGUAGUCCACCACAGUUCCUCUGUGACAUGCAGACAGUUCAAGAGUCUCAAAAGUGACAACACUAUUUCAGAGAUGUGUCAGGCUUUGAUAGAAGGCUGGCUGAGUUCUGAGCCUUGCAUUGAAGCUUCUGGAAGUGAUCUGAUGCACAUAGACAUAGCAAUAAGACCAUAGAGACCGUGUGGUUAAUACUGUCAUUGUUCCUUGCAUUAAAGUAACUUGUGUUACAAUCCUUCUGCCUAAAACCUGUAACACAGUGACCAGUUUUACGUUGACUGACAUCCUUAAUGCACUGUACAGAUGUGUGUGUGCGCUCACAGUACACAAACACGUAUGGAAAAGAGCUAAAGGGUUUAAAUGUAACUGCAUUUAACUUUGGGCAAAGCUUGUGAAGUACUUCUAUUUCAUAUUAAUUUUUCUUUGUAAUUUAUUUGAGAAGCCAUUCAUUUUGAAUGGCAAUUUCUGUUGUUUUUAUACAGCUGCCUCAGCAUCCCAAUAUCUGUUCUGGGCAGGAGAGGUGCUUUGGGAUUGUUAAUUUAAUCUUAAUGUGAGAGUUAGUUUCCUCUCCUUUGACUACUGUUUGUCAUUUUCCUCAGCAAGAAGGAGCAGGCAGGUGAAAGCAGAAAGCCAAAAAUGUCUCUCUAAUCUGGCUAAGAAAUGGUGCUUAAAAUUCAGGACAGUGUUUGGGGUUUUUAGGUGCAUUGAAAGCAAAGAAUCUUUCCUUUCUCACCCAAAUCUACCUUCAGCAUGUCGUCCUAUAUGCAAAAUACUGGAGCAGAGUAAGAGUGCUGCCAGAUGCAGAAAUGGUGCUGCACCCUUCACUUUUUGCCGUGCUGUGCUGUGCUGUCAAGCUCAGCAAACCAUUUUCAGGGCCAAAUCUCACAAGUAUCAGAGAAUGACCAAGCUCCUUGACAUUCCUGUGAAGUACGUGUGGGAGGCUGAGAUUUGGUCAAAGCUUGAUGUUCCCUGAGCUGUGUGAGUAUGCAGUGUCCCUUCUCAUCACCUUUGUCCUGUCAAUUCCAUUUUGUCUUGCCCAUUUUUUUUACCCCAAAGAGCUGAUGGGCUCAUGUCUGUGAUUGGGCAUGUGCUGCUGAGCUGUCAGGCUGCCGAGAGACUGUGUGGUGUUUUACACUAAAAUGAUCUUGACUGUUCAUAGGGAGCUUAAAUGCCUGGCAAUGUAAGUAUUUUUAAUUAGCGUUUGCAGUCUUUUCUCCUUUGGUUGUUUUCUUUCCUUGACUGUGAAAUAGGAUGGGGAAAAAAGGCAUGUUAAGUGGCACGUGUAGGAUGCAGCCCUGUGAGCUGCUGGAUGCCGCGUGGGAAGUGCUGAGUUCAGUGCCCUCCCGUUGGAACUAGUGGGAGCUGGGACAGAAGAGGUCCUUGGGAGUGCUUAACAGAGGGAUUUUUCUAGUACCAAACAUUGGGACCGACACCAGUUUCAGAUGUUCUGGGAGGUUGUCCUGUUAGCUUUUGUUUUGUAUGUUUUGUUAACAAAAAGAUAGAAAUGGAUUUUUUAAUUAUUAUUCCUUUCAAGAAUGAGCUUUAGUGCCUAUUGUUGCUGCAGAUUGGCUCUGUAAGUUUAAAGGUACAGAAGUAAAACAGUUUUUACAAAUGGAAGUAACAUUUACUUAGCAUAUUUCAAAACCUCUUCUUUUUUUUUUUUCAUUUUCAUGUGUGUGUAUAUAAUGUGUCUGAUGUAAUUUUUCAUGAACUGGGCAGUUUUAUAUAUUAAAAAUUUGCAAACUGCAGCAAAGUAAUAGUAGCAAAGCUCUACACAGAACCUCUGAACUAAAAUUGUGAAGAUAAAUACGACUUGGGCUUACCUUAGUUCUAAUUGGUUGCAGCAGCUUAGAAAUGUAUGUAUAUAAUAUUGUGGCUCGGUGUAAUAAUCUGUGUUCUGUAAUUCAUAACAAAGCUGUACAAUUUAUUUGUGCAAGCAACACAAGGCUCCAGAAUAUCUAUCAGCAUUAGUAAAUACUGUAGAUUUUUAUAUAUAAAAUAUAUGCACACUAUUUUCUUAUGUCAUCUGCAGCAGUUUUAUAACUGUGUAUCCUAUUUUGAUGUGACCGUAUUUUUAACAUGUUCAAAUAAUAAUUAAGCUUCCAUUGGUUUGUCUUUAUUCCUAUUGGAUUAGCACAAAACUGGAGUUUGGCUCUCCUCAGGACAACUAAUUGCUUUUCAUAAAAGAAUCAUAUCUGUGCAUAUGUAUGUUUACAUUUUUGAUGUAUGUCCUAUUGAAUUUUCCACGUUGUUUGUUUUUAGGCUAAGCAAUACGGAGACAGUUAUUACAAAGGCAGCGAGAUCAUCGCUUCUGGUUUACUGUACUGUUAAGCCUCAACCUAGCCUUUGCAAAAGCUAAGAGUAUAAACUAUGGUCAUAAUUUUCUGGUUUCCUUCUAAUAAUUUCACCCAAUACUUCCUUCUAA